GCACUUCAGUUCUACUGGGUUGACUGAGCCGUUGUACAAGGCUCUCAGUUGCUGCACGCUAUUGUGAAUGAGAAGUACUGUAGUUUACUUUUCUUUCGCCCAUAGCGUGAGACGUUUUCAAAGUUUGGGUUUUUAAAUAACGACAGGGAAAACGAUGUCUUCAGACUCCUGGGCCCAGGCAGUGGACGAGCAAGAGGCCGCGGCGGAAUCAAUUGGAAACCUUCAAAUAAAAGAGACGCUUGGAGAAAACGGAACAUCUCUACUGCCAGCAGACAGUAAUGCUGCAAAGCCAGACGUGGGAGUUAAGACUACUGGGGAUAAGACGACAAAUGAUGAUGAAAGAGACGACAAAGCGGCCCAGUCUUUGUUGAAUAAGCUCAUCAGAAGUAAUCUUGUCAACACCACGAAUCAAGUUGAAGUACUUCAAAAGGAUCCCAACUCUCCACUGUACUCCGUUAAAUCCUUUGAGGAGUUGCGACUCAAACCACAGCUCCUUCAGGGUGUUUAUGGCAUGGGUUUUAACCGGCCGUCCAAAAUCCAGGAAACCGCCUUACCUAUGAUGCUUGCUGAACCCCCACAGAAUCUGAUCGCCCAGUCUCAAUCAGGAACAGGAAAAACAGCUGCCUUUGUCCUCGCCAUGCUCAGCCAUGUCAAUCCUGACAACAAGUAUCCUCAGUGUCUGUGUUUGUCACCCACCUAUGAACUGGCACUUCAGACUGGCAAAGUGAUUGAGCAGAUGGGUAAAAACUAUCCUGAAGUCAAGUUAGUUUACGCCAUCCGAGGAAAAAGGCUGCAGCGAGGCGCGAAGCUUCAGGAACAGAUAGUCAUUGGCACACCCGGCACCAUGCUAGACUGGUGCAGCAAGUUGAAGUUCGUCGAUCCUGAGAAGAUUCGGGUGUUCGUGCUGGAUGAGGCUGAUGUCAUGAUUGCAACGCAGGGUCACAAAGACCAGAGUAUCCGCAUCCAGAGGAUGCUGCCCAAAAACUGCCAGAUGUUGCUGUUCUCAGCCACCUUUGAGGAGACUGUUUGGGACUUCGCCAAGCGCAUCGUGCCUGACCCAAAUAUCAUCAAAUUAAAACGAGAGGAGGAAACUCUGGAUACGAUCAAACAAUACUACGUGUUGUGUAACAGCAAAGAGGAGAAGUUUGAAGCCCUGUGCAACAUCUAUGGAGCCAUCACCAUCGCCCAGGCCAUGAUUUUCUGUCAUACAAGGAAGACCGCAGGCUGGCUGGCGGGGGAGCUUUCCAGAGAGAACCACCAGGUGGCGCUGCUCAGCGGAGAGAUGCAAGUGGAGCAGAGAGCCGCAGUCAUUGAACGCUUCAGAGAUGGAAAGGAGAAGGUCCUUGUAACCACAAAUGUCUGUGCCAGAGGAAUUGAUGUGGAGCAGGUAUCGGUGGUGAUCAAUUUCGACCUGCCAGUAGACCAGGAUGGUAACCCAGACAACGAGACGUACCUGCACAGGAUUGGCCGCACGGGUCGAUUCGGCAAAAGGGGGCUGGCCAUCAACAUGGUGGACAGCAGGAUGAGUAUGAACAUCCUCAACAGGAUCCAGGAUCAUUUUAAUAAGAAAAUUGAAAAACUAGACACACACGAUCUGGAUGAAAUAGAGAAAAUCGCCAGCUAAAGACAAGUGUGCCGAUGAAGUGGAUGCCAACUCGACUUGUCUGUGCUCUGCAAGGACUGUAUGCUUCUUUACGCUGUCUUUUAAGUUUGUAUUUUAUUUUAAACGUGGGGGGGCGGGGCAGAACCACAAAUACUGCACGUUUACACACACGGAAUGGACUUCAGUCUGUGGAACAUACCCCAUUUCACUCUUUUUACUUCUUGAAAUAAAGUUAUGCUGAAAAAGCAGCUCGCCUUGUUCACAUCAUACUGUCGAAAACUCUAUUUGAUUCGGCUGUUCAUAUAUAAACAGGUUAAAUGAAUGUAUCAUCCUCUGCAGGCAUCACAGCAUUGCCAGUCCGUAGAAAGUGUGAAGUUGGGUAUGCUGCUGCUUUGAGUGCUCGUGCGCCGUUUUGGAUGAUGACUUUGAUGGUUGGAUUUAAGGGUCUAUGCAAACUUAUGGUGUAUACCUAUACUCACAUGACAGAUUGAAUCCUAAAUUAACCUCAACAAUAGCUUCAGGGUGCGUAGCCAAAUGCCAAAAAGGCUGCCUAUGGAAAUGAGACACUACUGACUCAACAUACGAAGACUCAAGAUCAUUCUGGGUUUAGCCCAGUCGUGUGUCUCUCACAUUUUAUUUAUAUAGUAUUAAAACUGCUCAGCUGUAAUGUAGCCAUUGUUUUGAAACAUUUGUCAUGUUUAGUUUCUAUCCAAAUGAUUUUGUCUCGCAAUUGCCUCAGUCACGGUUGGACUUAAGAUCCAUGACAUUCUUCUUCACCCAAAAAAGAUUGUGAGUUAGAUAAAUACACAAAGCCUCCCUCAAGUGCAUUAUGUAUACAUAUGGUUUUGUUAUUGAUAAUCCAAAAUAUUGGACUUAAAAUGCUGAAGGACACUUGAAAUUUUUAUCUGUUGAACUCUUAAACCAAAUGCUGAAUUGAUUUGAGGACCUAUGCCAAUCAGAUUUACUGUUACAACACGCGUGAUAGACGUGUACUUGUGUACACAUUUAAAACUCAUAGGAACAAAGAAAUUGUGUGACUGAUGUAUUGAUAGUGUCACUUCUGAGAAGUGCAAAAACACAUUCCUCAUGAGGUUCAACUUUGACUGUCGCAGCUUUGAAAAAAAAAAAAAAAAAAGAUUGGCUGUGCAUCUGUCGGUGACUGUUUAACUUGUGACAGCAAUCCUCUGGGACGUUGCAUGACAAUGAUUGGUCUAUUUGAACCUUCACCAAACCUCAUUUGGCACCCACUGGCGCUGACAAGAUGGUGGCGGUGGUCUGCUUUUAUUCAUGGUUUGCAGGAAAUGGAUGCAGCCAAAUCGGAGGCGAGCGACAGUGUGUGCUAAAUAUCCACAUGGAUCAUCAGUGAAAAUUAAAUGGUGUAUGCAGUUUCAUUUGGAUGUACAAUAUACAGGGGGGGGGGGGGGGGGAGGGAGUAUUAGUCAGCCACCAAUUGUGCAAGUUCUCCCACUUAAAAAGAUGAGAGGGCUGUAAUUUUCAUCAUAGGUAUACCUCACCUAUGAGAGACAAAAUGAGAGCAAAAAUCACAUUGAUUUUUAAAUAAUUUAUUAGCAAAUUAUGGUAGAAAAUAAGUAUUUAGUCACCUACAAUCAACCAAGAUUUCUGGCUCUCACAGACCUGUAGCUUCUUAAAGAGCCUCCCCUGUCCUCCACUCGUUACCUGUCUUAAUCGCACCUGUUUGAACUCAUCAGUAUAAAAGACACCUGUCCACAACCUCAAACGGUCACUCUCCAAACUCCACUAUGACUAAGACAAAACAGCUUUCAAAGGACGAUAGAAACAAAAUUGUAGACCUGCACCAGGCUGGGAAGACAAUCUGCAAUAGGUAAGCAGCUUGGUGUGAAGAAAUCAACUGUGGGAGCAAUUAUUAGAAAAUGGAAGACAUACGAGACCACUGAUAAUCUCCCUCAAUCUGGGGCUCCACGCAAGAUCUCACUCCGUGAGGUCAGAAUGAUCACAAGAAUGGUGAGCAAAAAUCCCAGAAGCCGGGGUCCUAUUGAAUGACCUGUAGAGAGCUGGGACCAAAGUAACAAAGGCUAGCAUCAGAAAAACACUACGCCGCCAGGGAUUCAAAUCCUGCAGUGCCCGACGUGUCCCCCUGCUUAAGCCAGUACAUUUCCAGGCCCGUCUGAAGUUUGCUAGAGAGCAUUUGGAUGGUCCCGAAGAGGAUUGAGAGAAUGUGAUAUAGUGAGAUGAAACCAAAAUAGAACUUUUUGGUAAAAACUCAACUUGUGUUUGGAGGAGAAAGAAUGCUGAGUUGCAUCAAAAAGAACACCAUACCUACUGUGAAGCAUGGGGGUGGAAACAUGCUUUGGGGCUGUUUUUCUGCAAAGGGACCAGGACGACUUAUCAGUGUAAAGAAAAGAAUGAAUGGGGCCAUGUAUUGUGAGAUUGUCAAGGGCAUUGACGAUGAAACGUAGCUGUCUCUUUCAGCACGACAAUGAUCCCAAACACACCGCCCGGGCAACGAAGGAGUGGCUUCGUAAGGAGGAUUCCAAGGUCCUGGAGUGGCCUAGCCAGUCUCCAGAUCUCAACCCCAUAGAAAAUCUUUGGAGGGAGUUGAAAGUCUGUUGCCCAGCCACAGCCCCAAAUCAUCACUGCUCUCGAGGAGAUCUGCAUGGAGGAAUGGGCCAAAAUACCAGCAACAGUCUGUGAAAACCUUGUGAAGACUUACAGAAAACAUUUGACCUCUGUCAUUGGCAACAAAGGGUAUAUGUAAAGUAUUGAUACCAAUAUAUAAUAGACCAAUACCAAAGUAUUGAGAUGAACUUUUAUCGACCAAAUACUUAUUUUCCACCAUAAUUUGCAAAUAAAUUCUUUAAAAAUCAGGGAUUGUGUAUAUUUUUUUUUCUCAUUUUGUCUGUCAUAGGUGAGGUAUACCUAUGAUGAAAAUUACAGGCCUCUCUCAUCCUUUUAAGUGGGACAACUUACACAAUUGGUGGCUGACUGAAUACUUUUUGCACCACUGUACAUAGUGGGCAUGUGUGGGCAUGUUCGAUAUGGUAUACCACUGUUAGGAUGCACACACACCAGUUACGCUCCACAUGUAAACUUUUUAUUAGAAACUGCCCUGUGUUCAUGUAUACACAGUAUGUAGGCUUAAGAGUAAUAAAACAAGUUAGGCUCAAUGUGGGUUUGUGUGUGGUCAACUAGCCGCGCUGGGUUCACAGUCAGUUGUUUAUUCUUCAUAUGAAUUAAAAUAAUGUGUAGGUGGUCAUCUGCAGGGUCCUUUGUGUCAUAAAAACCCAGUAUUAACCAAAAAGUCUUAAAUAUUAAAAACUUUAUUAUAUGAA